GGCAACGUGCAGUUCGAGCGCGAGAAACUAGCAAGCGUGGUGCAUUAUGUAAGAGAUAUCAUAGUACUGCUGCUACAACCAAUAUCUCAUGUUAUAUUGUGUUGCCGUGAGUUAUAAUAUUGUGACAUGACGGCGAAAGUCGGAAUAGUGAACAAGAAGAUGAGAUCAUUGCUAGGCAGGGGCUCGAUAAACACGUUUAUGAGGCAGCAGAUGCAGACGAAACAGAAGAGUACAGGAUGUUGUCUAUGCGGGAGUUCGUGGCAACGGCGUUGUAGACACGUUUCCGCAGCAACCAAUCAAGUAGGAACGCUCAACAGUACGCGAAGAGAUGUUUUCUGUCUUGUCCGUCCACGAGGCUAUACUGCGAGGACUUGGGCUUGAACAAGUAAGCAGUGGUAGUUGAUGAUUUGCCGUGAGUGGUCGUGAGCGUCCUGAGGAUUUUCCGUUCGUAGCAGCCAAGAAUUGCACUACAGAGAAUUGGAGAUUUCAUGCUCUGAUAGAAACAGUGAAGCUUGAGGAUUAAAGAAGGUACGAGGUCUGUGUAACGAGAUGUGCGCAGCAUCUUCCUGUGAUGUGUGUCAGGCCAUCACUAUAAAAGCCAAGGUAUUUUCAGAUGCAGAAGAACUGUAUCCUGCCCGAAUAAUAUUUCCAGAAAUAAAGGCUGAACCUGAGAACACUGCAGAUUUUUGGAAAGUACGAGGUGUUCCUAGUGAGAUAUGUCCAGCUUCUCCAGCUAUCAGAAUAAAAGCUGAGGUAUUUUCAGAUACAGAAGAAGAGGAGUAUCCUGUCCCACUGACAUUUGUAGAAAUAAAGGCUGAACCUGAGAUUAUACCGAAUGAACUUCAACCUGUACACAGUGACGAGUUGCCAUAUUCCUGUGAUGUCAGUAAUAAAUCUUGCAGACAGAAUUUUAAUGUGAGGACACAUCAGCCCAUACAUGGCGUGGAGCGGUCAUUUAGCUGUGAUAUGUGUACUAAGUCAUUUAGUGAACAGAGUACUCUGAAGAAGCAUCAGCGCAUACAUACUGUAGUGCAGCCAUUUUGUUGUGACAUGUGUAAUAAGUCUUUCAGUGGUAAGAGUCAUCUGAAGAGGCAUCAGUUCAUACAUAGUGGGGAGCGCCCAUUUUGCUGUGAUGUAUGUAAUAAAUCAUUCUGUCAGCGGAGUGAUCUGAAGAGGCAUCAGCGCAUACAUAGUGGGGAGCGGCCAUUUAGCUGUGGCCUGUGUACUAAGUCUUUCAGUGAUCAGAGUAACUUGAAGACACAUCAACGAACACAUACAGGGGAGCGGCCAUUUUCCUGUGACUUGUGUAAUAAGUCAUUCAGUGGUCUUAGUCAUCUGAAGAGGCAUCAGCAUGAAUGUUCUGAACCUUCAGCACCAGUGUACAAAUACUGCCCAAUCACGUUCGUUGAUGUAGAAAGAUCAUUCUCAGCCUAUAAACUCAUUUUGACGGACAGCAGAUGCAGUUUGUCUCCAGAAAACACUGAAAGACUUCCAGUUGCAUAUUGUGAUGCUACUUUCUGCAGUGAAUGA